AUGUCUGGUCUCUCUUUGACCAAGAGGACUGUUCCUGAUAUACAGUAUUACUUGUUUGAAGCUGGUUGUAAGAGAUUCAACUCUGUUGGUCUUUCUGUUGAACCAGGUACGUUUUUCCAGCUUCUUCCCCUCAAGGGUUACGUGAACGUACAAUAUGAAGCUGCUCUUGUGAGCUAAGUUUUUUGAUCAGCUGGAAGCUUAAUACUGAUGCUCACUCAAGCAAAAUUGGUCUGAUCAUGCCGGUAGUCGGAGUUAAGGACAAUUUAAACUACUUUUAUAGCUCAAUGCUGUAGUUAUUGUCACUAAGUACAGGUUCAAUGAGAACGUGACUAGAGCUCUUAUUUUUCUGUAGCUUCCGUCGGAAUCUUCACUAGACACAUGUGAUGAGCGCAGAGCAAAAUUUAUUUCAGUAGUCGAUUAAUCACGUUUUCAAAACCCUCAUCAUGUCAUUUUUUUCUUGAUAUCCUUCUAUUUUGUCUUGAUUGUAACUUGCAAAGUCAUCUUGGCCACCGCCCUUAGGAAGUAAUAAGUCAGUAGAAGUAACAUAUCUUAACAGUUAAGUGUCAACUCUUCUGUGUAAUCUGUCAGUGGAUAUAUCUGUUAGCCUUUGAGCUUUAACCCUCUCUCAUUACAGACGCUAUCAUUUUCUGAUUUUCCCUUACCGAAUCAAUAGAUGGCACUGCCUUAAUUGGAUUUACACUCCACAUUUUGUAACCUUUAGUUAGGGGACAACCUGCAUGAGACGGAAACAAGUUAUAAUCUUAACUCCCACUCGACAAUGUAUUUGUAUCCCAAGAUGAGACCCUCGAUCAUGGUCCAUCUUCUCUCUUAUUCUUCCCUAGGAAACAUAUAGAAGCAGGUAAAGAGAAUUAGGAUGUUGAUAUCAGGGACACCGGCCGUUAGAAGACCCCCUAAGCGGUUUACGGUUGGUUCGCCAAUG